AUGACGAAUACUCACGGUGUGGUGCUCGAUGGCGAAAGCGACGGCGUUUUGGACUGCCAGCUGAAGCGUGAGAAGCUCAUUAUUGAUACUGACCCUGGAAUUGAUGAUACCAUGGCUAUCUUAAUGGCAUUUCAAACUCCAGAGUUGGAAGUCUUGGGAUUGACAACAAUAUUUGGUAAUGUUACCACAGAAGAUGCCACUCGCAAUGCCUUGCUUCUGUGUGAGAUCGCAGGGCAUCCAAGUUUGCCUGUGGCGGAGGGAAGCCCUGAGCCUCUGAAGGGUGGAAGGCCACGUGUUGCUGACUUUAUACAUGGUUCUGAUGGAUUGGGGAACAUAUUUCUACCUCCUCCAGAAAGAAAGAAAAUUGAGAAAAAUGCUUCUGAAUUUUUAGUUGAUAUGGUCUCUGAAUAUCCUGGAGAAGUAUCUAUACUUGCCCUUGGUCCCUUGACAAACUUAGCACUGGCUAUCAAAAGAGAUUCUUCCUUUGCAAAAAAGGUCAAGAGGGUGGUCGUACUUGGUGGUGCUUUCUUUGCACUGGGAAAUGUAAAUCCUGCUGCGGAAGCAAAUAUUUAUGGAGACCCGGAAGCAGCAGAUGUUGUGUUUACUUCUGGGGCAAACAUUACUGUUGUUGGAAUAAAUAUUACAACCCAAGUUCAAUUUACAGAUGAUGACCUCCUUCAACUGCGUCAAUCUAAAGGAAAGCAUGCUCAGCUGAUAAGCGACACGUGCAAAUUCUACAGAGAUUGGCAUGUUGAAUCUGAUGGUGUUCAUGGGAUUUUCCUUCACGACCCGGUCAGUUUUGUAGCACUGGUCCGUCCUGAUCUCUUUACAUACAAGAAGGGGGUUGUGAGGGUUGAAACUCAGGGCAUCUGUGUUGGGCACACACUGAUGGAUCAAGGACUUAAAAAUUGGAAUUCAAGCAAUCCAUGGACAGGCUAUUCCCCGGUUGAAGUUGCUUGGACAGUGAAAGUGGAUGAAGUCCUUGAUUGUAUAAGAAGUCGAUUGAUGAAAUCUUGA